GUUUAAAAAUGAGCAUUUGUGCCGCGAAUUUACUAAAACCGACGACAGGUCUGCGCGGCUCGUCGCUAAAAUAACCGCUUCUGGCUUUUUUUGCGGCAACUCGCGUCGUUACACCGCCGGUACGAACCGUCAAAACCUUCGAAAUAAGAGCACAAUAUUUUCCGCGCUUUUUGCCCCAACGGAAACAGUUAGCUUCAGCCGCGGUAACCGCCCGCUCUGCCCACUCGGUUAUCCGGCCAAAAUACCUCCGCAGCGGCUCGCACGGUUCCCCACGGGCCCGUUAAUUUGCGUGAAACCGCCAACAGACCCGUGGAAGUGGUUUUAACCCGCCUGCGACACCGCCAUUAGCAUUAGCCGCAGCCGGAGGCCUGUUCAGGAAGCGGGCGGGAGCUUUUAUUUUCCAAAACGGCUCCUCCAGCUCACCUGUCGAGGUUCCAGAGAAUAAAACCUGUAAAUAAGAGCGUUGUCCGGACGGUAACCGGUUAAUUUGGCCCCGUUAAUGGACGUCCUCAUGCUGUGUUUGUUAUUAAUAACUAAUAAUCUCCCGCAGUGGGAUCUACGAGCUGAGAGGAGGUGAAGCUGUGACACACUACAGACACAGAAGUGAUGGCGUACGUCACCAACCACGGGAAGCUGCUGCUGCAGCGCCUCCAUCAGCAGCGGGAGAUGGACUUCCUGUGUGACAUCACCAUCAUGGUGAGAGACGUGGAGUUCAGAGCUCACCGCAACAUCCUGGCGGCCUUCAGUGACUACUUCUCCUCCCAGGCUGAGAGCGGCGACGAGGUCACGACUCUGGACCCCGAGAAGGUCAGCAGGUACUCUCUGGAGAAGCUGCUGGAGUUUAUCUACACCGGACAGAUGAACCUCAGCAGCACCAGACAAGCAGCCGUGCGUCGAGCGGCUAUUUUCCUGGGAAUGACCGAGGCCACCAAGUACCUGGAGGAGCUUCCUCGCUUGUCCGAACCCAGCGAAACGUCCCAGUCGGGGGCGGAAAAAGAAGCUCCUCCCUCUCCCACCAGUCCAGCUUCCCCCAGCAGCCCCAGCUCCCCUCUCCCCCUGUCCAUCGUCUCCGUCGCUGGGGACUGGCCCGACAGCCACCGGGCAGGCAAAGAGCAGGACGACGAGGCCGGAGACGCCGGUCUGGAAGACGAAGGGCGAAGCGACGAGGAGUACAGCCCCACCAUGAUGAAGAGCGCCGGGCGGGGACAGGCCAGGAAGAGAGGCCGGCCCAGGGCAGUCAGAGAGGAGGAAGGCGAGCCAGGCAGCUCGACGGACGCCACGCCUAAAGUCCAGAGCUUCAGGGGGAGAGGGAGGCCGAGGGGGAGGCCCAGAGGGAGAGGCAGGGGGAGAGGAAGAGGGAGACCCAAGGGGAGAGGAAGAGGAGUCAGCAGAGGUGAGGACCUGUCUCUGGACGAGUCGGAUUCCAGCGUGAAGGACUUCGGGGGCAACUCUGCAGACUGGAGCCCAUCGCAGAACGACGACGACUCUCCGUCCAGGAAGGCACAGCUGGGUGGCGGGGAGGUGAAGAGAGGCCGAGGGCGAGGGAGGGGGAGAGGCAGAGGGAGAGGAAGGGGGGACGGCAAGAGCGAGGACCUGUCGGUGGACGAGUCGGAUACGAGCGUGAAGGACUUUGGGGACGACAACUCCGCCGACUGGAGCCCAUCGCAGGACGACGAGUCUCCGCUGAAGAAGCCCCGGCUGAGCUUCGGAGAGGGCAGGAGAGGACGGGGCCGGGGGAAGGGCAGGGGCAGAGGCAGGGGGAGGGGCAGGAGGAAGAAUGAGGAGGAGGAGGGUGGGGACAACGAGGAAGACGAGGGCGAGGAGGGCGAGGUCGGGGAGGAGAUGGGCGAGCUGUCGCUGUUCUGCGCCGAGUGCAACAAGCAGUUUAAGGACGUGAGCAGCCUGAGGAGACACGAGAAGAUCCACAAAGGCCUGAAGCCGUUCUCAUGCAUCUUCUGCUCCAAGACCUUCAGGCAGGCGACGCAGCUCAAGACACACCUGCGCAUCCACACAGGUGAGAAGCCGUUCAGUUGCACCCAGUGCGACAAGUGUUUCGCUCAGAAGUGUCAGCUGGUCGCUCACCGUCGCAUGUACCACGGAGAGGAGAAACCGUACACCUGCGACCGCUGCGGCUUCAAGUUCGCUACCUCGUCCAACUACAAAAUACACCUCAGACUUCACAGCGGGGAGAAACCGUACGUGUGCGAUGUCUGCGGUCAGGCGUUUGCUCAGUCCAGCACCUUGACGUACCACAAGAGGCGACACACCGGAGAGAAGCCGUACCAGUGCGAUCUGUGCGGCAUGUCGUUCUCGGUUUCCUCCUCCCUCAUUGCACACGCUCGCAAACACACAGGUGAGACUCCGUACAAAUGUUCGCAGCCCAGCUGUGAUGCCAAAUUUGUCACGUCCUCGGAGCUGAAGAAACACAUGAGGCGGCUUCAUCCAGAGGGCAACAACGGUGUGCAGUGUCUGCUGUGUGGAAACCGAUUCGCCAGCGUGAAGAACAUGAUCAAACACCAGGAGAAGGCCCAUGCUGAAGAAGUCCGGCAGCACAGGGAGAGAGCCAGAGCUGUCGUCCUCCUGGCGUCCAGCCAUCCUGUGGCCUUUGUCCAGAGCAGACUGACCCAGACGAACAAAGGUUUGGUUUCCAUCCCAGAAGGCGAGCCGGCCAACCCUGAACCAGCCACCCCGAGCCCCAAAGCCACGGCGGCAUCCGCGGCCUCGUCUGACGCCGCCACCGACCCGGCCACCGCCGCCGCCGCCGACGGCAGCAUCAUUCAGGACUUCAAGGCGGAGCCGUCUCACUCGCCGCUCACCACCACCGACCAGGUGGCCUUCGAGGCCGACCAGGAGCAGACCAUUAACUCAGACACCCUCCACGCUCUGGUGGAGCAGCUGAGGCCGCCGCCGUCGCCGGCACAGAGCCUGGAGCAGAUCGUCAUCAUCAGGACGGUGGACACGGCCGAAGGAAACCCUCCUCAGCAGUGAGGCUGGAGGGAGAACUGUUAACCAACACGCCACAGUCAGCAUUCACAUCCAGGCUCAUGUCUCCUAAAACACUCUAAUCAGCGUCUGUUAGCGUCUCACCUUCAACUUUAACUGCACUUCUUUACAACUUGGGUCUCAUUUUUAGAGUUUGGCCAAAAUUUCACUUUAAAUAAACCCAAACUUACCCUUCUGUAUUUAUUAUACAGGGAUAAACUAGCACUACCACUAAUGAUGUUGAUAUACACACUAUAUUUUUAAUAAACAAAUCUGAUUCAUUAUUUUUAGUGUCAUUUAAUCCUCAAAAGAUCUGUUUUUUGGGAAAGUUGUGUCAAAAUGUUUAUCCAGCAGCCAAACUUACUCAUUUGACUUCAAUAUGAGACAAAGAAAAUCAUGAAAAUCUGACAUUUAAGACGCCCGGAAACAGCAAACGUUGGACUUUUUUGUUUGACUAUAAUCAGAAUGGUUAUUAGAUCAAACUAAUUUUCUGGCGAUAAAUUGAAUGACUAAUCAGUGCAGCUCUAAUCUGGAAACAACAAGUCAAGUUAAUAUAAUGUUAAUAUUUGGUGCGUUUAUGGUGAAAACUGCAGAAAUAAGACCUGAGUUGUAAAAGAUGCUGAAAUAAUGAUGCAGCAGAAGGGAUUUACUGUUCAUAAAGCGAUGAAAAUGCAUCUGUUAAACAGUAAAACACACAAACCCCUCUAAUAAUUUUCAGUGUCUCUUAAACUCCACCUGAGGGAUAAAAAUAACAUUUUUCUUAAAGAUAAUGCAUCGUUAUAUGUUUUGUGAUAGUAGAGGAGAGUGUUUUCUAAUAUUUUGGUCUAAAAUCCCCCAUAAAAUUUCAGUUUGGUUGAUAUUUUUUGCUUUUUUUUAGGUUCCUGAAAGAAACUCCUCCCCCAACAUAACAGAGCCACCAGUUCUCCUCAAUAAAAAGCCCAAAAAACUCAAAUUUUUCCUUUAAUUUGCCCCCCGUCUGUAGAUUUUUCUCAUUAUCACAACCUGCACUCUUUGGGUUGCCAUUAACGGUUGUUCACGGUUGGAUUACAGACGCAGAUUUUCCAUGAAAUUGAACGUGUGACUCCAGUUCCCACUUUGGAAUAAUCGUUUUAAUUGAGCUGACACGUUAGCGCUGGUGUGACGGGACUAACGUGGCGUAAACAAACCAGAAGAGACGCUGUGACUGACAGAAACCAAUCAAACGUCAAAUAGAAGCUGACUCUUUCUUACGUUUUCCUCCAGCGGGGAAACUGAAGCCGUUGUUGACUGUUGCAGACGAGUUUCAAACCACUAAAAAUACACAAUUUUACCAAAAAAACCCACAUUGAACUAACAACAUCGACGCAAGAAAGGAAAUUCUGGGACAGCGGGUGAAACUCUGGCAUUGUUUUAAUAGUUAACGUAGUGAGUAGCAGCCUCGCUCCGGCUUUGAGAUUUACGUUUUUUAAAUCAAUCCUACGGUAAAUGUUCCACUGCGAUGUUUGACGUGUGACGGUGGCUUCAUUGAACACAACCCUGCUGACGUAGAGGCCCGGUUCUUUUGUUUUUUAUUUUUAUAAAGCAGCUGUUUUUGGUGUUUAAGUUUGGAAGCCGCAUUAGGACAAAGCUGUUUGUUCAUUUCAUGCUUUUCCUUUUUGUUUGUUUUGUUUUGUAUAAAACCUCCGCAUUACCUGUACAGAUGUGUGAAUUCCAUAUACAAGUUCACUACUGUAUAAACACUGUACAACAAGAUAGAAAAAUAAAAACCAAGACAAAAAGGGACAAUC